AUGAACGACGCCUCACUUGCUGCCGAUCAUCUCGUCAAAAAAUUCCAAUUCACGAAUAAAAACUAUAGAGAUGUCUAUCCAGCACUCGAAUCAUCCAUCGUUAAAUCUCAGGCUGGUAAAACCGUUAUCAUCACUGGGGCGAGUCAAGGAAUUGGGAAGGCUAUCGCACUAGCUUUCGCAAAAGCCUCUGCGGAGAACCUUAUCCUCGCUAGCCGCAGCGUCGCAAAGCUCGAGGCCACCAAAGCCGAAAUCCUCAAGAUAAAUAGCAAAAGCAACGUUCUCGUCGUUGGCGUCGACACGACUUCCGAGGCGGACGUCGAAAAGCUUGAAAAAACCGUGAAAGAUACAUUCGGACACGCCGACGUCCUCGUUAACAACUCCGGCCAGUGGGCAGGGCGGGGGAAUAUUGAUGAAUCGAACGCGAAAUCUUGGUGGAGCGAUUUAGAAGUAAACGUAAAAGGAACAUACCUAACCACCCAAGCCUUCCUCCACCUUCUCCCAAAAUCGAAACAAGGCACCGUCAUCACUGUCGGCUCCCUUGCUUCAGAUCUCGUACUACCCGGAAGCAGCAGCUACGUGAUUACCAAACUCGCACUUAACAGGUUCAACGAAUUCGUUACGCUGGAGAAUCCGAACGUUACGGCGGUGGUUUAUCAUCCUGGCGCGGUGAGGACGCCGAUUAUGGAUCACUUGCCUGACUUUCAUCCAUUCGCGUUAGAUUCGCCGGAACUUGCAGGCGCUUUCGCAGUGUACCUGGCAACGGAACGUGCGAAGUUUUUGAAUGGGAAGUAUGCCUCGGUGAAUUGGGAUGUCGAGGAGCUGGAGGCUAGGAAAGAGGAUAUUAUCUCGAAGGGCUUUUUCACGGAGGGUUUGAAGGGCGUGUUUAGUACGGUGGGCUGA